ACUCUGUUAAAAACACCAGAAGAAGAGCGAGCGCGUCCUCUUAAGGGCGCCAAACUCUAAAAAAAAUGUACAUUUCAUAUCUAUAAUUUUUAAGUUUAACGCAUACAAAACGUUCUUGUUCUUGUUUUGUGUUCGUUAUUAAGCACCUGACUGAGCGUUUGGCCAUCUCUGUGGAUGCUGACGAAGCAGAACCAUGCCUCUGUCCACUCAGUCCCAAGCAGACAUCGACCAGUACGUUCUGAUAGCCAGUUUGGAUAAUGCAAGGAAUCUGUCCAACAUCCUGAAAGCCAUCUCUUUCAGGGACCAUGCAAUCUUCAAUGCAACCCAGAAUGGCUUGAAAGUCACUGUUGAGGACUCCAAAUGCCUUCAAGCCAAUGCAUUCAUUCAGGCAGACAUCUUUCAAGAAUACAUUAUCAAAGAAGAUACAGUUGGAUUUCAGAUUAAUUUGACCGUUCUUCUGGACUGCCUCACUAUCUUUGGGGGAAGCCCAGUCCCAGGUGUGUGCACCGCCUUGAGAUUGUGCUACAAUGGCUAUGGAUAUCCGCUGACCUUGUUUUUGGAGGAAGGUGGUGUGGUCACCGUAUGUAAGAUUAAUACACAGGAACCAGAAGAGCCCAUAGACUUUGACUUCUGCAGCACAAAUGUAACCAACAAAGUGAUUCUGCAGUCUGACAGUCUUAAAGAGGCUUUCUCUGAGCUUGACAUGACCAGUGAGGUUCUGCAGAUUACUAUGUCACCAAGCCAUCCUUUCUUCAGAUUAUCCACAUUCGGGAACUCUGGAAACGCUCAUUAUGAUUAUCCCAAAGACUCAGACAUGAUGGAGCUCUUCCAGUGCACUAAAAUCCAGACCAACAGGUAUAAGAUGUCCCUGUUGAAACCCUCCACAAAGGCCUUGGCUCUGUCCUGUAAAGUCUCAGUGAGAACUGAUAGCCGUGGCUUCCUCUCUCUACAGUAUCUUGUGAGGAAUGACGACGGUCAGAUUUGUUUUGUGGAGUAUUAUUGCUGCCCGGAUGAAGAAGUAGAGGAAGAAUAGACUUGAAAGGACAGUUCUUUUUGUUAUGUUUGACAUUUAGUGCGCACCGACCACUUGGACUCUCAUUUAUAUGAAUAUUUCAUAAACCACAAAAAAACAUACCAAUACUUUAUUAGAAGUUUAAAAGGGUUAUAAAUGGGCCGGGAAAAAAGGUUUUUGUAUUGAAUUUGAGACAAUACUCUGUGUGUUCGGCAGGGGGCGGCAGAGAAAUACUAAUUAGGCUAUGACUUCUAAAACUAGGAGGCCGAUUUUGGUUUAGUAUGUUUAAUUGGUAUAAAAUAGUUUAGUUUAAGCCUUCACGCACACACACACACACACACACACACACACACACAUAUAUAUAUAUAUAUAUAUAUAUAUAUAUAUAUAUA